AUGUCUGCCGAACUCACCAAGGUCGACUCUGCCAUCGCCGGCUUGUCAAUAUCACCCAAGGACGAAAAGGCCCCAGAUAAGGCAGAAAAGAAGACUCACAAGCGCACUACAUCCCAAUCAGAGGGUGUCUGGAACAUCAAGGAUCUUGAGGCACAAAAGAUUGAAUUGUCAUUGCCCAUCGAGACACAAAAGACUGGAUGGAAGCUCAACACGUCUCCAAACACCAUCGAGGACAAGGACAUUCUCAAGAUGUACCUGGUGACCCCACCGGUCAAGAAGAUUGACCUGGCCGAUGAUGAACUGGAUAAGCCCUACCUCGCUGGCUUCGAGUGGGACAAGGAGGAGUGCUGGACACGCCUCAUCGUCCAUCAGACCAAGAACGGCCCGCCCGCAGCACCCAGCAAGAAGUCCAAGAAGAAGAAGGACGAGGCAUAG